GGCCACCGGGAGGACCCAGGUGGCUUCAAACUCAAGUUUUGCACCGUAUGUGCCAUGAUUUCUUUCGGAACCGGCUCUCUUGUCCGGCUUCCAGGUCCUACCAUCACACAGCCCAAUGUCUACAAGUUCAACGAGACCUCGUACGAUAGUAUCUACAGAGAGCUUGAGGCCAAGGACCCCCGUUUGUAUCGGGCCAACGGGCUUCUUAACAUGCUCGGCCGAAACCGCAACAUCAAGUGGGGCCCGGAAAGAUGGCAAGACUGGCAAGUAGGCAUGCCCCGAGUCAAGAAAGAAACAGACAAAGGCUUCGAGGGCAUGGAGGGAGGCGUCGCCGAUAUAGUCAUUACCUGCGAAGAGCGCUGCUGGGAUGCUGUGAUCGAUGAUCUUCUUAACCGGGGCUCUCCACUCAACAGAGCUGUUCAUGUUAUCAACAUUGAUAUCAAGGACAACCACGAAGAGGCCUCCGUUGGAGGCAAAGCCAUGGUCGACCUUGCCGACUCCCUGAACCAGGUCGCGAAAGAAGAGCGCGAAAAGGUUGGCGCAGCGGCGUUUGAUUCUGGCAGUGGUGCUGCCAGAGCCAGCUUUGAUGAGCGUGUUCCCGAGGUGAUUGGUGAGUGGCAGGAAAGAUGGCCUAACCUUCCUGCGACUUGGACUUUGGCUUGGUUUUGA